GGCGACGUAUCCAGAGCUCUUGCUGUAGGGUAGUUCCAGGCUGUCCAUCCACUUUCUGGGUGUUGUGAAGGCCAGCUACUAACAGUUGCGACAACUCUGUUUCUCCCACCUCACCAGCACUUAAAAGCGUCGGAUUGGUGGCUGCCACAUGACAACCAAGGCAUAGCUGUCACUUUUACCGUUCCCUUCUGCCCGCGCACGUAGGCGCUUGUUGUUGUUCAAGAUGAAGCUCGUCCUUUCUUUCCUUCUGCUGGCCCUGGCAGCUAUUACGCAAGCUGCCAGCGCCACGGGCGACCGCCUUCUGAGCAUCUGGGAGGAUGUUGAGGACCAGAAGCUCUACUCCAAGUUCAUAGGAGACCUGGAGAGGCGAGGCUACAAGAUCACACAUGCGACUCCCAAACAGGAGGACCUGAGGCUGGAACACCUGGGCGAGAAGACCUUUGACCACCUCGUCAUCUUCCCCACCAAGUCAAAGGGCCUCGGCCCCAACCUGACCGCCCAGAAGAUCCUCGACUUCGUCAACGCCGGCGGCAACGUCCUGCUUGCCCUGAGCGCCACCCAGCCCGUCGCCACCUCUCUGAAUGCCCUCCUCCUCGAGUUGGACAUCCACAUCCCCGCCGAGCGAACCGGCCUGGUUGUUGACCACUUCAACUACGAUGCCAAGUCGGCCGCCGACCUGCAUGAUGUCGUCCUCAUGCCCACUCCUGGCGACUACCGAGACGACACCAAGAACUACUUCGGCAGCGGUGGCAAGAAAGACCUUAUUGCUUUCCCCCGCGGUCUCGGCCACACCCUGGGCAAUGGUCCCCUCCUGACCCCCAUCCUGAGGGCACCCCGGACAGCCUACAUCUACAACCAAAAGGAGCAGUCCGAGGUCGUUGACGACGUCUUUGCCGCCGGCGAGCAGCUGUCGCUUGUCUCUACCUUCCAAGCCCGCAACUCUGCCCGCUUCACCGUGGUUGGCUCCGCCGAGAUGUUCCAGGACAAGUGGGUCGACGCCAAGGUCAAGCGCCCCGGCGACAGCGAGGCAGUCGAGGCUUGGAACCUGCAGUUCUCCCGACGCACAAGUGCCUGGACUUUCCACGAGAUUGGCCACCUGCGCGUCAACCACGUCGAGCAUCAUCUGGCUGAGGAGGGCCCCCUGGCCAACGUUUCCAACCCUUCCAUCUACCGUGUCAACAACAAUGUCACUUACGAGAUCUCCAUCUCCGAGUGGGUCUGGGACAGGUGGUGGGACUUCAAGGUCCCCGAGGGUGAUGAGCUACAGCUCGAGUUCAGCAUGCUGUCCGCCCUGCACCGUAUCCCUAUCAAGAAGAUCAAGCGUGCCUCGUCCGAGACUGCGGGUAUCUUCCGCGUGACCUUCAGGGUCCCCGACCACCACGGCGUCUACAACUUCAUCACCAACUACAAGCGGCCCUUCCUGUCCAACAUCGAGGAGAAGCACUCCGUGACCGUCCGCCACAUGGCACACGACGAGUACCCCUACAGCUACGAGAUCCCAGCCGCCUGGCCCUACCUGGCCAGCAUUGGUGUCACCUGCGUGGGCUGGCUAGCCUUUGUCGCCAUAUGGAUGUUCAACAAGCCUGCACAGCAGGCCGCCGACGCGAAGAAGAAGCAGUAGAUGGGGUUUGCUGCAACGAGAAACCAUCGUGAGGCCGCGAAAUUAUUUCAGCCAUAGAAGUAUUUGGCAUCUUCGCAAUUUUUAGGGUGGGUGGAUCUGGAGACAAUGGGUCCGGCUAGCAUCCUGUGUGUACAAUACCUCGGUAUAAAGGUCCCGAAUCGGGGCGGGCCUGGAUUUACAAAAAGUCGAGGGGUUCAAUAAAUGAGCAGUUAUGAUUUGACUACCUAUCGGGGCCAUUCCUGUGACGGGUCUGAGCGCAUGUCGAGUGUUGGCGAAGUCUGGAAUCACAAACAGCGAACGGUAACCAACACAAAUAAGAGCGAUUCCUGCAGGCAGAUAGUCAACCCAAUAUCAUGGGCACCAUGAAAGUUAGAGCGGUCAUCCGAGCCCAAGGUUCAAACCGAGACAUGGGCCGGUAUAUUUGGAGAAGAACCGAGGCUUCGUUAAGACGGCCCUACCACUCGGAGUGGGCCCUGAACAGGUACAGAAGUGGUUGUCUCGGGACUAAUCGCCAGACAUGGUCGCGUCUUAUAGCAGGGCUGUGAUUGAUGGUUUAUGACAAGGGAAAACAAAGGGAUGGAUGGGGUAGAAAACAACUUCAUGUGCCCUCAGAUUAGCUCUCUUGGGUUCUCAACGACAACCGUCGCCAGAAGACCCGCGCUUUGCAGGCGGGCCAGCGGCUUCUGCUGCCUGCAAAUUUGGCUUUUUGGACCUUGAAGUCAUCACCGGGCUGAAGUUGUUUGUAACGUAGUUGUCUCCCACCAGAGCCAACCGACUUGGAAGGCAUCGCCAUUCCGCAACACGUACCCGCCAAUUGGGGGGGAAACGCCUUGCCGCAUCCGAUUGAAAACUAUUUUUUUGUUUAACCGUCACAGGCGGCCGCCAAGAAGAUGGAGCACAUGCCUCUGGUCGAUCUGCUAAUUUGUCGUCAUCGCGGCCUAGGCUGCCAUGCCAAUGGGGGUUGUAGAAGGGGGAGUUGGGGGUGACUUGGCAAGACAGGGUGGAUGGAAGGAGACGGUGUGUUUUGUGUCUGCUCAGAUCUCUGUUCUUUGUGGUCUUUGUCACAUCGCAUCGGCAAGCACGAGGGCAAACACCGAGGAUCAACAAGUGGGAAAGCUCAUCCCUGAUUGAUAUCUUCAUGGCAGGCUUCAGGGUGAUUCUCACUCGAGAACGAGGGAGGCUAUGAAGACAAGAAUGAAGAGAACAGGAUGAAUGAGAAGCAAUGCUGGAGUAGGUUGCCUCCAGGCUGAUAGGCGGGACCGUAUGGAGAGACCGCCCCAGCAACUCGAUGCCGUCGUGGGAAUACCUUGCACAUGAUAUGCUCGUUUGAGGGCCAUUCCAUUCCGAGACGCUGACAGGGCGAGGGAUCCUCCACGAGGCCUUCAGAGGGGGUCAAACCCCUCGGCUGAUUGGAGUGAUCCACAAGUUCUAUUCUGUUGCAAUUCGGUGCCUGGCCUGGCGAGUGGAAUGCGGGCACUGAAGAACAAGACAAGAAAAGACAGAAGUACAUGGUACAGAUGGGUAAGUAGGCAAAGCGCUACCCGAACCUGGAGCCAUGUAUGUUUGUAGGCUGAGCCAUCGCUGGACACUGUUGCAAUAAUCCAGCAAGACCAAGACGAACGAGGAUUUCCAGAUCGGAGAGAUGGCAGCCCUGUUGAAUGUUCGGCGAGGUAAAGGGAAG